AUGAAUGAACAUCUCAGCUUACUGAAAUCAGACAGAGAUAGCGUUUAUUCCUUUGAUUCGGUAAGCACGAAUGAGCGCUUGCUUGAUCGAUUGGAUUUUGACAACGAAUCUAUAAUGUCAGUAGAUUCAUACAGAUCCUCUAAUAUUGGAUCCCAGAGCUUGCCAGGUGGCAGAAACGACUCCUUCAGAGCUAGAGAUGCAAAUCCGGAUUCUUUAAAACAACAAUCAUGGCUAACAAAUGAUUUGUCUCAGCACAAUGGAUUAAUGCUCCCUCAACAACCAAUGAAUAAUUUAAGCGCUAUAAGGAGGAUGAAAGACUAUACAAAACCAACCGAUCUUACGCGGGGGAAUGUACUAGAUCGAAGACAACUAGGUUCGUUUUCUAAUCGCAAUUCCACGAAAGUUAACAGAGAUAGCACGGGCAGAGGAACCAUAUUCAGCGAACCGAAUAAUGCAAAUGAUAUGCUGGACAGUACAACCCAGUCUUGGAGAAAGGAGUUACCACCUAAUAUUAACUACGCCCAAAAUGGAGUCACUAACUUCAUUCAACCUAACAUUAACAGUCAAUCAUCCUUCAAUACAAGUUCUCAUAGCAUAGAUGGUACCUCGCUAACCAAACCGGAUAUUUUCCUACAGAGAAACGAAUCACGGGCCGGUCUUCUAAGUCGAGCAACGAACUCAAGUGUCGCAUCAGUGGAUUCAAGGGAUGUUUUAACUACCGAUAAAUUUUAUACAUCCAACAAACUAUCUGCCUAUAAUGAGCUGGUAGAUAUGGCUAACAAUGAAAUGCUGGAUUUAAAUCUAAAGUCAAAAUUGGAAGACAAGUCUUCGUACGUGAGUACACACUCAGAAAAAACCGAUGAAAAGAGACUAUUAUUACCUCACAAUAACACAGCCCGUAGUUCUCAUGUCAAGGAGCGGCCAAGUGGAGGAACAGAGAGCAAUAUUUCAGCACAAGAGCAUCUCUAUGGACACGCAUUAGCGCUUAGUGAAAAUCGUGCCGAAUCUGUGCGUGGUCAAGUGCUAAAGAGUCAGGAAUUACUGCCCGAAUCAAGAACAUUGAUAUCGCAGGAGCUCAGAGCACAAGGAAAACACCGAGAGGCCUCAUAUCAACUACAAAUAGCCGCUAAUGAACCCUUCAACAACACAAAGGCCAUGUAUCUCUAUGCAUUGGCUUUAAAGCAUGGACAAGGGGUAAAGCAGAACUAUAAUGCAUCUUUAAAAUGGCUAUGUAAAUGUAUUUUAAGGACCCCAGUAUCUGAGAACAAUUUGCAAUCCAACUCCGGGCAUCCACUUCCCAACACAGGUAUUGUGGCUUCAAGAUUGGAUAAAUUAUCACAACAAGACUUGUUACAAUUGGUACUUGCUAGUUUUAGAAACUCCGAAAAUUCGGGUGGACUAGCAAAUGGGGAAACUCCUGAAAUGUUGUACAAAAAAUUCAAAUCAUACAGUAAAUCAGAAGUUAAUAAAAUUUUGGCAAAGAAUAAAAGCAAGUCAGACGUUGUCGCCUUGAGCUAUUUCGAGCUUGGUGUGUAUCUUCUCAAUGGGAUUGGUGGCAGCUCCAAUCUGAAAACAGAUGAAGCGAAUGGAAUCAUCUUGUUAUCAAAAUCUGCUGCAAUGUGCAACGUUGAGGCAAUGGAGCAAUUGGGUGAAGUGUGGGCUACAAAGACAAAAUACCGCAAGAAGGAUUUGUCCAAGGCUGCUGCAUGGUUAAGAAGUGCCGAGAUAUUUGGUGCAAAGUCUAUUGGAAAUAGUUGGAUCUACAAAGAAAAGUAUUUAAGAUCUAACACUAACUAG